AUGUGGGAAUUAUAUUUUACUGUCAUAGUGUACACCUUGACAAUACAAUUAGGUAUUUGUGGGAAUUCUUGGGUGAUAUGUUCAGUAAUUCGUAACCGACGCCCGUACGGAGUCAGUCGACGAUCACCAUCUAAUCGUCUUAGAAGUUACAUCUUUGUAUUAGCCGUAGUUGAUUUUACUGUGACCAUUACUUUAUUAGUACGAUUACUUUACCUCUGCCUACAGAAGACAAUUCUAGACGGCUUAACAGUCCGUAAAUGUCUAUUCAAAUCGAUACCGUACAUUGCAACCGCUGUUCUUCUGAUUAUUCUUGUAGCUAUGACACUACAGGUAACCACAGUCGGUGUCACAAGAGACCACUUGGAGUGCCAAUUAACCUCAAGCUCAAGUAAAGAGCGAAGCAUUGAAAAAAUUUUUGUUGCUUCUAUAUUUUUUAGCCUUAUUGUUUUUGUGAGUGCAAACUACGGCGAAAUCAUUCAUCACGUACGAAGGAAAUUUUGGAAACGAAAAGCCAGAGUUUCCAUGGACUACCAAAGGGAACAGAGGGCGAUCGCAGAGCCACGCUACAUGAAAGAGAUGACUUCAGCUAUUCUCCGAGUUGCUUUGUUUCAUUUGCUAUGUUGGCUGCCAUUCUGCGUAUUUCUAAUACUACCUACAGAGUGGAACGAAGCAGAUUACAUAAACAUGAUGAUAAAAAAAGUCAGUAUGAUCCUAAAGAUGCACUUGAAACCUUUUUUCCAACAGAUUUCGACAUUAACAGUUGCAUCGUUACGACUCUUCAGAAGGGGCAGGCAAGAAGAAAACAAGACUUUACACUGGAUUGCCUUUGCAGUUAACUGGUUGGUGUACGCAAAUUCAGCGUGCAACUGGAUUUUUUACGCUGUUAUGAAUCGGGAUCUUCGUAACUUGAUUCGACGAAAUACAGAACGUCGAAAGCGUAGUAACCUUUCGCAACCAUCUUUGCCCGGUAAAUUCGGCAACAGUUUCAAAAAGCACUUCUCAAACGGCUUCAAAUUUAUACACACAGCGAGUACAAUAUCGCAGUCCAGUGGGAUGGAAGAACAUCUUUCAGCUCACCUGACUGUUACACCGAUGUUAAGUGGUUUCACUCCUGGUACCAAACGGAGGUCCAAAUCGGAAUUGGACUUUGCAAAAGCAGUACACAACCAAAGCUUAAAUAGUCCACACCUAAUCUGUGCAGUAUCACCAAAGGACAAUAGGACACUUGGCGAGCUCUUAAUCAAUACUUAAAA